AUGGAGAAACACAAUCGAAAAAUAUAUAGUGUUUUAUUGGUAGAUGCUGAUGCAUCGUCUUUAAGUGUUUCUAUAGCUUCUCUCAAGAGAUGGAAUUAUGAAGUGACGGCCGUAGGUCAUGCUCUAGACGCUUUGGACCUCCUCCAUCAGAAAUCAUUUGAUCUUGUUUUAACGGAUGUUCAUUUGCCAGAAUUGGAUGGUCUUGAACUGAUGAAAUGCAUUAAAAAAUAUUAUGGAAUUCCUGUUAUAUUAACAUCAAAAGAUAUCAGGAGUGACCUAAUUGAUGAUGGAAUUAAGAAGGGGGCAGAGACUUUCCUGCAGAAGCCUAUUAUGCCCGAUGCAAUUAGAGACAUGUGGCAGAUCUUUGAAUUGAGGAAGGUAAAUCAGACCAAUAAUACUAUGAUUGGAAGCUCUUUAGCUAAGGUACCAACAGACAUGGGUCAAUCUUCUAGACCUCGUAAAUCUGAUGACAAAGUAAAAAAGAGGACUACAAAGCUUUCAUGGACUCCAAGGUUGCAUUCUCGAUUCGUCGAUGCUCUUUUAAACAUCGGAUAUCAUAAAGCUAAUCCAAAAACAAUAUUGGAAGAUAUGAAUGAACCCGGAAUUUCACGAGAGCAAGUGGCCAGUCACUUGCAGAAGUAUCGAAGACUCGUGAAUGAAAUUUUGGAUGGCAAGAUUAGUCAUCGAUAUUCAAAAUAUUACACCAAUAGAAAUUAUAAUCACUCAAAUGUUGUGGAUGAAAAUCCUAAUUUAUUUUUGCUUAAGAAACUUAAAGAAGAACGAAGAACUAGUAAGGAUGCAACCCCAAUUCAAGCAACCUUAUCGUUGUCGAGGUUCAACCAAGCUGGGUCUUCUUCUAGGAUGGAUGUAAUGUCGACAUCAAACUAUGCAUCCUCUGCUGGUAUCAAUAUCGAAGCACAUGGGAUUAGUAGUGGGAUUCCUACUUCUCAAAGAGCUGGUCAAUUAAAGAUUAGGGAUAUCAUUGAAAGCAAUACUGCCUAUAAUAAUCCCUAUGAGGCAAAUCAAAUGAAUUAUUAUGGUCAAACUACAGUGGUGCCUCAAUGGAAUAAUAAUUCUACUAAUAGGGGAUUGGUGGGAAGUGAUGAUAUAAAUGGAAGAUUGGUGGGAGGAUCUGAUAUUAAUAAUUGGUUUCUUGAAUUGGCUGGAGGUUCUAACAUUAAUAAUUGGUUUCUUGCAAAAGAUCUUAAUAAAUUUUCUAGUAAUUAUACUGAAUCUAUUUAUAAUAUCUCAACUUCUGAACCACUACUCAAACCGUGGGGACAAGACAACCCCAUUAUCUUCAAUACAAACAACUCCACUUCUGAACCACCACUCAAUCUGGGAGGACAAAGUAGCACUAUCAUCUUCAAUACAAACAACUCAACAUUUGGACCACCAUUCAAUUCGGGAGGACAAGACAUCAAUACUUAUACAAACAACUUUGAUGAAGUUCAGAUAAAUUCAGAUGCUGCUCCAUACAUUGGUUGCUCCUUUGCUGAAAAUCAGGUUGUACAUACUCUAGGAAUGGAUGACGAGUUGAGAGCCAUGCAAACUGAUCUAAACGCAUGUGAUGGAUCACUUGGUACAAAUCUGUUUGGAAAUACCUUCAAGGUGAAUGAACAGAUAGGAAACAUGCAACCUGUUGGUCUAGACAUUGGCACUUCAUUGGCCUCAAAUCAGGUUGAAAAUACCUUCACUAUGAAUGAAGAGCAACAAAAUGGUGAUGGUAGCGGCUAUGAAUUGCAUAAUUUUACCAUAUUUAGCCCAAGCCCAAGCAAGCUACAAGAUUGGAAUAUAUGA